UUUAUGUAACGUAAUGUGUCAGAAGCGAACCCAGCAUAAUCUGCAUGCUACACUAGAAAAAUGUUGGUCUUGCGAGCUUAAAACAGAGAUCCAUCGGUUGCUUUUUAUUUUGUCCUUGCACUGCGUUGAUGGAGUUCGGAGGAGUCGCGCUGAUCGGACUGAAGCGGAGCGAACCAAUUCAUUAUGCACAACAAGGGAAAACGUUACUCUCACAACAAAGACUGAGAUAUGAUUGACAAUGGAUAAUCAUACGCAUCAAAUCGACUGUCAUACAUAUAAAAGUCAGUUGGAGAGGGAGUCCUAAAGCAUGCUCUUGGCACAAUUUCGCAGAAAUUGUCAUCGGCCUUUGGAAGCUUAUAAAAGCAGCGAUCACGAAAUGAGAUAGGACAGAGCUGUUCAACUACCCAUGUCGUUUAACUUUUUUAACAUGUCACCUUUCGUGCUAAAGGAUCGAGCUGUGUAACUUUUGAGAAAAGGCAUCAGCUGUGACACCAGGUGAAGAGUCGAGCAUGGAUCUGCUGGAGUGUCCGAUCUGUCUGUUCCUCAUGUGCGAGCCAGUGACCAUGAGCUGCGGUCACUCUUUCUGCAGGAGAUGCAUGGGAGCCUUCCUGCCCUCGCGAUGCCCCACAUGCAAAGAACGAUUAAAACAGAGAGAUGCGAAAAAUAUAAAAAACAACGUGUUACUCUUCAGCGUCAUUGAGAAAUGUUGUCCCGAAGAGACUAAAAUGAAAUGCCACAUUCAAGAGAAACUGAAAACGAGCGAGUUUACAGAAGCGCUACGUAUUGCUGAUGAAGGGAUCGAAAUGGUCCCUGAAGAUGUGAGUCUGAAAGUGUGGCGAGCUGAGGCCUGCAUGGGCCUCCGUCGCUUUUCUGAUGCCCUCCGUGACCUGGAUGACCUGUGCUGUGUGCGACCCAACUGGACCGAGGGUUUCUUUCGUAAAGGGAACGUGCUUCUUGAAAUGGGCAGACGGACAGAAGCCCUCAUCCAGUUUUACCGUUGCCUGAAGCAGCAGUCUGAUUUUGCCCCUGCAAAAAAUCAGAUUAAGAAGAUCUUAGAAGCAGAGGGCAUGGCUGUACCAGAAGAAGUUCCACGGAUGCUGCAUGUUGUGUCUGAGUACUUGCAAGAUCUCUGUCCUAUCACCAGCUCUGUAAGCCCCUUGUGUCCAGAUGCUCAGCGCUACUCCCACAACAAUACCGCAGGUCAAAGUGAUCCCGUGCAGAAUGCAACUAAAGUGAAGCAUGGCACCAGCAGCGAGUGCUGCCUGAGCCUAUGUCAGGCCGUGUCCUUCCUCCCCACUGCUGAGGAUGAUGAGGAACUGAUGAUGAAGAGAGAAGAGAAACAGAACAGAGGUGUGUGCAGUGUGGCCAGAGAGUCCUGCCUCAGUGUUCUGACCGUGAGUGAUUUUGAGUGCCCUCUCUGCAUCAGGUUAUUCUAUGAGCCGGUGACGACACCCUGUGGACACACAUUCUGCAAAAACUGCAUUGAGAGAAGUCUGGACCAUAAUCUACGCUGUCCACUUUGUAAACAACCACUGCAGGAGUAUUUCAAAAACAGAAAGUACAACCCCACCGUGCUGCUGCAUGAGAUUAUGUCCCGCCUCUUCCCCCAGCCGUUGGCUGAGAGGAAACAGGUGCAUGAGGCGGAGAUGGCAGAGCUCUCAAAUUUGACUAAGGACAUCCCGAUCUUUGUGUGCACGGUGGCGUACCCUGGCAUCCCAUGUCCACUGCACAUCUUUGAGCCUCGUUACCGUCUGAUGAUGCGGCGAUGUAUGGAGACGGGCACCAAAAAGUUUGGCAUGUGCAGCUAUGAGCACGGCAAAGGCUUUGCAGAUUAUGGCUGCAUGUUGGAUAUUUUGGAUCUGGAUUUGCUUCCUGAUGGUCGCUCCUAUGUGGAUACAGUGGGAGGAAGUCGCUUCCGAGUGCUCAGGAGAGGACAGAGGGAUGGCUACCACACUGCUGAUAUUGAGUACCUGGAGGACCAUAAGGUUGAAGGUGCCGAGCUUGAAUUACUGCAGCUACUCCAUGACAGCGUGUAUCAGCAGGCGAGGGAGUGGUACCACCGUCUGAACAGCCGCAUUCAGGAGCAGAUCACCCGGCAGUACGGCAUCAUGCCCGAGAAAGAGGACGACAUUCAGGCAUCUGCUAAUGGACCGGCCUGGUGCUGGUGGCUGCUGUCAGUGCUGCAGCUAGAUCCAGCCUAUCAGACCACCGUUCUGUCUCUGACAUCCCUGAAGGACAGACUGGGUCAUCUACGUAUCGUACUAGAAUACUUCUCUCAGAGCUAGGACGGACACACAUUAUGUGUCGUAUCUCUGAUCACAUCACAUGCAUGCACCACGGAAGACAGGAUUUGUUUUUUUUUUAAUGUACAUUUUAAAUUCAACUGCAAGAGAUUUGUUUGCUCUUGCCAAAAUUUGAUACUUUUUUUCUGAUCAUAAUCCAUACACAAGAUCUCUUGUGCUUGGAUAACACAUUGGGCAGCUGUGAUAUGGGUUGGUUAAAAAUGAGAUGACCUGUACAGCUAUUGAAUUAAUCUUUAGUAAUUCUUACUUGAGUCGAGCACCAAAUAGACAAGGACUCAUUCUACACAGAACAGCUGUUUAUUGGUUCAUGCUGUUCGCUUCAUUAAACAUCAUCAGAGUGGAUGCCAAAUGUUGCAGCUAGUUUUGCUGACAUAAAUUUGAGAUGUUUCCAGUAGUACUGGACCCUGGCCAGGAUUUUUUUUGUUUAAAUGUGUAGCUCACAUUUAUGGCCGAGAGGGAAACAGUUGGCCAAAGAGAUUGAUGACUGAAUAGGAACUCAUUGAUUAUGCAUGAAUAAAAUGCUGACUGCAGCCUCAAAAUCCCACAAUUCCAGGCGUAACUUUUAGUAGAAUCAGAAAUAAUAUUAUCCUCAGUAACAGAUGAGGAGUUCUAUUAAUAUUGCAAUACCAGUGGCACAGAAUACACUACCUGAAUGAAAGCUGCUAGCUGUGCUUGUUCCAUUCGUAGUAUUAAAUGUGUUGCAAGCUUGCUGGCAUGACAGUAGAGAGGAGAGAGGAAGGGAUUCCUUUAGCUAAGGUACUCUACCAUUAAAAAGUUUGGGCUCAGUAAGAUUUUUGAAAGAAAUGGACACUUUUAUUUAGCAAAGAUGCAUUGAAAUGAUUAAAAGGGACAAUAAAUAUUACAAAAGAUUUCUAUUUUAAACACUG